AGCCCUGAAGGUUUGUAAAACUGAGUCUGACAACAUAGCCUUUCGACCUCUCUGAACAUAGUCUCACCAGUUCGAUCAAACAGCAAUUGAGACAGCGAUGGCAUGGAGAGGAAAUCUAUCUCGAGCUAUGAAGGAACUGAGGAUCUUACUGUGCCAGACUUCGCCGUCGAGCUCUGCCACUAGAUCAUUUGUGGAGAAGAAUUAUAAGGAUCUCAAGACUUUAAACCCUAAAUUGCCAAUCUUGAUCCGUGAAUGCAGUGGCAUUGAGCCCCAGUUAUGGGCUAGAUAUGAUUUUGGUGUUGAGAAGGGCAUUCGUUUGGAAGGUUUGAGCGAGGCACAGAUCUCAAAGGCACUUGAAGACCUUGUCAAAGCCGGGGAAGCCCUUAAGGCCUGAAAGUCGUUACCCUUCGGGCCAUAUGGAAUCAAAUAAAUGGAUGAGUGGCAAGUUUCCCAUGACAGUUUGCACUUCUAUUUUAGCACUCUAGACAUUUAAUGUUGAUAAUCCAGUAUUCAAUAUUGUCUUGUUUCCAAGGCAGGGAAAUUGGUUUGAUAUGUUCUGUUUUUAGUUGAUGACAAUUCAAGUGUCAAUUUGUUUAAGUAGUCAAUACUACAAACGUAUUUCUUGGAUGCCUUGAAACAAGGUCUGCAAUCUAUCCGAGUAUUGUUGUUGCUCAAA